AUGCCACGAAUACUGCCAAGAGAGCUCCUAGAGGCUCAACUUCACCAAGUUGAGCUACUCUUGGCGAUGUAUCCCGAUGAUGCUGAGAUUGAGGGUGCCUGUCAAAGCGCGCACCGAAACCUGGCAAGUUGGGUAGCUGGUGAUUCCGAUAUGCCCACGGACGUUCCUGAUCUCUUGUCCAUAUCUCUCAACCUUGACUUGUCGAAUGAUGUCGAGUUUGACGAGCAAAUGCAGGCACGAGCGAUCCCCCUGAGUAUCUCCAUCCCACUUCAAUAUGGAGGCGAUGAGAUCCCCGCGGAUGCGCCUGUCACCCGGGUCAGGAUAAAACAGCCGCCUUGGAUGAGCAAAGCCGAGCUUUCGAAACUCCAAGCAGAGUUGCCUGAUGAGGACCUGGACCUUGUUUUGGACCACAUCAGGCAGGCUUGCAUUGAAUACAUUGAGUCCAGUCGCAACGUCGCCCAGGUAGAGCCCCAGAGAGGACACGACGAGCCCCUGGUUCGAGUAUGGUUCUAUUUCCCGUCAAUCAGUACGCGCUCCAAGCGUGAUGACUUGAUUAACCAUGGACCCUCAUACGGCCUGACUGGAUUCCUUCUCGCGGGCAAGCCUGGCAUCCUUUGUCUGGAAGGGGGUUCGAGGAGUAUUGAUGAGUAUAUGAAGUUCAUCAAAACCGACAGCUGGGGCGAUAUCCCGGCCCACCACAAGAAGGUUAGCGAGCGCUACCGAGAGAUAUCAGAUGUCCAAAGAGUCUUCAAGGACAUCCAAGAGAUCACAGAUACAGUCGGCGAGAAAAGGGGCGAGAGAGCGAACCGGGGCGACAUGAAAGCGGUGGAAGCCUGGCUGGACGAGAGGGGACUGGGCGAUGCCUUCAAGAAGGUCUUAAUGUGA